AUGACUCAGGCAGUUGACAACAAGAUGGCAUAUGCCACACCUUCCGCCCGAUGGCGCGCAAUCGUCAAUCGUGAUGCGGCCGCCACGUGCUUCGUGUACGGUGUGCGAACCACCAAGAUAUACUGUCGUCCACGGUGUCCGGCCCGGCUGGCCCGCCGGGCAAACGUUAUCUUUUACGACACUCCAGCCCAAGCGGAAAAGGCGGGCUACCGACCCUGCAAACGGUGCAAACCCGAAGACCUCCGUGCGCCAACGGAUCCUCAUGUUCGUCUGGCACAAAAGGCGUGCGAGACCAUGACUCUUGUCGCUCUAGCCGGUGGUGAGAAGCAACGACCGACGUUGCAGGAUCUUGCGGCGGAAGCAGGCUUGACACCAAGUCAUUUCCACCGGGUAUUUAAGAAAGUGGUUGGAGUGACGCCAGGGAAGUACGCGAGGGAUCUAUUGGAAGGGAAAACGUUCCAAAAGAAGCUACCCGACGGGACCAUUAUCGGAUGGCCUCCAUUGGGGCCCCUUGCGACGAAUGCCUCAGCAACGGCUCUGCAAGCGCACAUUAACGCGCAGACACAAGUUCAGACACAAUCACCAGCUCCGGUCCCAAACUCGAUACCGGGGUCCGGUACCGGGUCAACCGGGCAUGAUCCCCCGCCGAUCAGAUUCGACUGGAACGAAUUCGACAUGAUGUUCGCUGCGACGACGGCAGCAACGAGGCCGCAGGUGGACUGCGUGGGCAACGGUGGGUUUUGCGUACCUACAACCGAUCAUCAGCAUCAUCUUGACCCAAGUUCUGUGAUUGAUGGAUCCAUGUUUUCUACCAACCCGCAGCUGAGCGGCCCGCUCGGUUUUCCAGACUAUGUCAACGACACGGUUGACUUCUCGCUGGGUACGCCACUGUUUGACUCUCCCGCCCUAACUACGCGGCCUACGUCGGUGCCGUCGUCGCAGCAGUCGUUGUCACCGACCGACUCUCCGCCGCUAUUCGAUUCGUGUGAUUCACCGUUGAUGUUCGAGGAUGUUGAAUGGAUGGAAAAUUCCGGAUUAUCACUGCCGUGGAGGGUUUAG